GUUGCUGUUCAUCCAAGGUUGAUCAUUUUGAUGAACCUUCACAGUCUUCAGUGGCAUUAGGGUAUUUAAGUCCAUACAUAAUAACGUCAGUAAAGUUAUUCAGGUUUUGAUCACAAGACUGGUUUGGAUUAACCACUAUGUCCCAUGGCACUUCGCAUAAAAAUCUUACUAGGCGACGGAUGCUGCUAGGCCUCUUGUCCCGCACGUUAAUAAUAGUUUCUUUAGACUGGUUACCACGAUUUUUUUCUUUAGAAAAGGCAAAAACAGUAAGGUGAUCCGAUAAACCAAGUGGAGGAGUACUUAAAUGCUCUUCGUAGAAGUUGGACAAAUUUGUCAAAAUUAGGUCUAAUUUACUUGUUCCUCUAGUAUUAAAAUUUACAAUCUGCCUGAGUUGAAAUUGAUGGCUGAUAUGUCUUAUAGGUAGUUUAUAAAAAUCUCCUGCCAGGAUUAAACCGCAGUUAGGAUAUCUGGUUUCCAAUAACUCCAAUGAUGACUGUAAGUAUUCUAGCAUAUCUGACUUAUUUGCAGUGGGUGGUUGGUAUAAAACUGCUGCGACGAGUGUUGAAAAGUCUCUUGGUAACCUACAUGGGUUGAUUUUGACCCACAGCACUUCACAUUCAUUAUGAUUUUGACCCACAGCACUUCACAUUUGGUAUAUCGGGGAUAACAUUCGCUACAUAAGAAGCUUUUAUAUAUAUACAUACCCCGCCAUGUUCCUUUCCUAUUCUGUCUCGUCGAAAGACUCUAUAGCCAUUGACUUCAAUUACUUCAUCGGGUACGGAACUUUUCAGCCACGUUUCACUAAUAAAAAUUAGAUCUGCAUUGUUUUGCUUUGUAACAUGUUCUAAGUCGUCCAUUUUGGGGACCAGUGACAUCACAUUAGUUAGUAAAAGAUUAGGAACAAAUUCCCGACUACAACCAACUUGAAGGAAUUUUGAGGUGUUUUUUUUAACACUAUCUAUCAGGUUUAAUUUUAAUGCAAUUUGCUAAAUUUGCCCCUUUGUAAAACGUUUUAUGUUUACGAUAUGUUUAUGUUUACGUGAAGCAAUCACGGGGAUUGGUUUUUGCAGCACUUGGGUUGAUGUCGUAGUUCGAUCUGGAAUAGAACUGAUAGAACUGAUUUUGGACGUAGUUGUAUGCUUAUUUUGACCAGAUGCAUUCAUUUCAGGUUUUAUUUCAAUUAGAUUAGAGUUAUAUGUGAGUGAAUUAGGGACAUUGUGCCUUGAUAUACAAUUACGUGUUCGAUUAGAUGUAAUUCUCACAGGGAUCUUAUUCACCUUCAUUAUUGCGUCCUGGUUAUUUGGCUGAUUAAGACAAGAAAUUCCUUCCAGCCAGGGGGACUGUGCUUUAAGCGGCUCUUCCGAAAAUUUGCCUGUCUGAGGUGCCAUUGUGGGGUAGUAACCCGCGAAUUAUGCCGGUCUCGUGUUUGAGCUGGUCUAGUACGAGAGCAAGUCCGAGAAUAAUUUAUAUGCGGUUGUGGACGUCGUGGUUGCGGUUGGUGUGAGCUGAGUUUGAAAGAUGGAAAUGUCAUUCGAUCGUUCUUAGUAGCUUUAGAUUGCAUUUUCCCUUCACCGGUACCCUCAGGUGCGCUGUUAGCUAUGUCCUUAUAGGAACUUUGCGGCUGUUGCUUACUCAACUGUAGCAGACUUGUAGGUAUGCUACUUAUUAAGGGCAGAAAAACCUGUUGAGAGCGUUCAUUAGAUCUACAGGGUGUAUCAAAAUAAACGCAAUUCAUCUUUUGUGCUUAAUAACUUUCGAAAUACUAUUUCUAGUUAAACGCUUUUAGGCUUACUUCAAAGCCUGUUCUUUUCUCUUUCAAACAAACUAUUAUCCUUGUCUCCAAUGCUAGUAAUAAUUGCACAGGAAAAGAUUUAGUAAAACCUAUCAUUUUUAGUUGCUGUUUGAUUAUGCAAGUUUACUAUGUUAUUGUUUAGUCGGUUUAAAUGUUAGAAUUUUCUUCUUUAAACUUUAAUGUUGUCGUCACUACAUCUGGAAAACCAUGUAAGAACAAAUUAAAAGUAUUUUAAAAGAGACCAGGUUGUUUGAAAAUCCUAAACGAAUGCUAAAAAUCGUCAAAACAUUCUGGUGUCUGAGCCAGAGUGUUAUCGAAUUGCGAUGUAAAGUAAACAGAAAUUAUAGCAAGUUGAUGUCAGUCAGCUUAGAUGGUCCAAGCCAAAAUUAUAUCGCAUUUGAAGUUUCAAACUGAGUUAAAAAUAGUAGAAGAAAAGCCGUAAUUAUACUUAUUGUUACAAUCCAUUUAAUAAAAUGCAACAUUUGUUUUUUUUAAUGAAAAAAUCAGUUAUUUUCAUGAGAACGAUUUGUUAUUCCAUCUCAAUUUUCUUAAUCUCCAAUCGCAAUAACGUAAAGUAUUAUUACCCGCGAACCAAUGAGUCAAUUUUAGAAACAACCCACUGUUAGAAAGCUGAAUGGCUACGCUUUAAAAUGAAUGUAAACUUUAACGUGUUCGUCUAUUAUUUGUUUAGCAAUUUACAUUUCAGUCGAGGAUUGCGCUUUUUUUGAUACACCCUGUAGAGGUAGGUGGUUCGUGUGGCACAGGUUGUAGUUUCAGCUCGACCGAAUCUUUAAGUCCGGAUUUAACCUUUCGUGGAGGGGGCGAUUGAUCCUUAUCAGAAAAAGUUUUAAUUUGAACAAUUUCUUUGUUAUUGACCAGAAGUAAAUUUUCACUAUUUUCUUGAUUUUGCAUAUUUAUAUUGGAAUCAUCCGCCUGAGUAUUAGGUAAAUUGCUUCUGCUCUCAUUAUGAAUAAGCCAAUUGUGAUUUCUAUUGUGUUGGCAUUGUUCUUGUUCAUGGCGUUCUGCAACUAGGGAUUCAACAUUUUAAUAUUCGCUUUCAACCUUGAUUAAUUUCUCUUGAAGGCUAUUAAUAAUAUUAUCUCGUUUCUCCAAUUCUCUGUUUUUUUCGUUUAAAAUUGACGAAAACUCUCUGAGCAAUGUUUCAACUCUAAGGUCGUAGGAUAUUUGAUGGCUUUCCGUGCCUGAGGGGCUAAAGAUAACACUCAUAGAUUCUAUAAUAUUGUUUGUGGAAUCUAUGACCCGAUUAAUAGAUUCUAUUUGUUUUUGUAUAACUGCAAUGUCUAAUUUGACAUCUUUUAGAUUUGCAGUAUAAGAUCUACAGGCGCAAGUAUGAUUCUCUGGGGGAGAUUGGUUAGGAUCAACGCUAUUUUCACUAACAGUUUUGAUUGAUUCGACCGGGGGAGGCUCGGUUUCUAGCAACGCAUCCGCAACUGUAGGGGAUAAACAGUCUGUAUGCACCUUUGUUUGUUCCAAAACACUCACCAGAAAUUCUUUAAACAUGUCUCCAUCCUUUCCGUGGAACAAUAGGGAAUUUAGUUUGCCCGGAUACCAAGUCAUAGUAAGAUCAUGGUUUUGAUUUUGAAUUGUUUAUCUCUGCCGCCAGGUGAAAACCAGUUCCCUGCCCAACCGACAGUACUUUCGACGAAAUUCUUUAACAAAUGUAGUUCCCCUGUCCAAAUAACACGAGUCCCAUCAUAAAGCAAGUGCGAUUCAUCCUUUAAUAACUUAAUAAAGUUCAUAUCAUUAUAAACAGUCUUAAACUCUUAUGUUUCGGUGAGCUCAGUAAGCCGUGAUCGUCGGCCAUCUUGUCUUGUCUUGGCCAUCUUGUCUUGUCUUGGCUUAGGAUAUCAGUAUCUUAGGAUAUCAGUAUAUUUAGGAUAUCAUUGCAUUAGGAUCUCAGUAUCUUUAGGAUAUCAAUAUCUUAGGAUAUUAUAGUGUCCAGCGGUGGACACGUGACUUUGAGAUGGCGGGAAAAGCUUGCAUGUGGACUUAGUGACUAUAUUAUAUGCAUGAGAGACUUUGUAGUUACAAGUACACGUUUAGAGAAAUAAAAGAACAUAAUAUUGGCGACGAGACAUUGAACCUAUGGCAGCUUCGCAACUUCCCACUCUAGCUCCCUUCUCUGUGUUAUCUGACAGUGCUACGCUCAGUCAACGUUGCACACAAUGGGUCAAAGGUUUCGAAUAUUUUCUGGUCGCUUCGAACGUGACGGACAAGAAACGACAACGGGCAUUGUUGUUGCAUUUAGCUGGACCAGAAGUACAAGAAGUAUUCGAAACACUAAGUGACACGGGAGAUGACUACGCUACUGCUCUCGAAAAGUUGGAUGCCUACUUCAAACCGCAAAAGAAUAUCUCGUUUGAACGCCUUAUGUUUAGACAAGCCACCCAAGACCCCUCGGAAACGAUGGAUACGUACGUUUCUAGACUCAAACGAUUAGUACAAACCUGUGAUUAUGGUACCUUGUCCAACGAAAUGAUUCGCGAUCAGUUCCUGGAGAAAUGUUAUUCAACGCGUUUACGGCGUCGGUUACUUCGCGAAGAAACCCUUACCCUCGAUGUUAUUUUACGCAUUGCCAGAGCCCUCGAAGCGUCUGAUCGCCAAGCACAACAAAUACCAGAUCGAAUACCAAUACCAGUCAAGAAUUUCGUUCAGCGUCCUGCAGGUAGCCCACAGCGUCAAGACUCGCGGUCAGACGAUCGACUUCCCAAACGAGCUUGUUAUUGUUGUGGUCGUGACGGUCAUCGAGUAAAAGAUGCUUCGUGCCCGGCCAAUAACAAAGCAUGCAAUUAGUGUGGCAAACUUGGACAUUUUGGUCGUGUUUGUAAGAGCGCCAGGCGUCCAGAACAAUCCGAAAGAGUUAGCCACAUUGAACAGCGAGAGAAUAACAACUUUUCUGACGAUGACGAAUAUGUAUUUGCAUUGAACAGACCAGCGUUACGAUUACUGUCCAUGGCACGGAGAUUCCAGUGAUUAUUGACUCGUGAGUCAGUGUGAAUGUUCUGGACAAGAACACUUUCAAUCGUCUUUAUAAUGGACCCGAAAACACUAUAAAACUCUCAGAUUCGCGUGUAAAGUUGUUUUCCUAUGGAGCUGUUACACCAUUUCCGGUACUGGGGAAAUUCGAUGCCAUGGUUACGAUUCCAGCUGUUUCCGGUGAAACAGCCUCAUCUACCAAUGCCCAAUUUAUCGUCGUGAAUACAAUCGAGUCAGGCUGCUUAGUUGGACAGUCUACAGCAAUUGCUCUUGGUUUAUUGAGAGUCGGGCUACUUUCUCGAACUACUCUUAAUGCUGUAACAAUGCAAAGUGAUGUUGAAGUCAUACUUUCCAAGUAUCUAACAGUGUUCAGUGGUGUAGGUAAGCUAAACAAUUACCACUUGAAAGUGCAUGUGAACCCCGAUAUCCCUCCAGUUGCCCAGCCACCUAGACGGGUACCUUUCCACAUACGUAAAGUUGUAGACAAGAAGCUUACAGUACUUGAGGAUCUUGAUAUUAUCGAGUCGGUCCAGGGCCCAACCCCCUGGGUUUCACUUAUAGUCGCAGUCCCGAAGGCGAAUGGUGAAGUACGCGUCUGUGUUGAUAUGCGGCGGGCAAACGAAGCCGUCAUUCGUGAACGCCACCCCAUCCCCACAAUGGAAGAGACGGUGCAAGCCCUCAAUGGGGUAACAGUUUUCUCCAAGCUAGACCUGCGUUGGGGUUACCACCAAAUUGAGCUCCACCCAGAUUCUAGUGGGCUGACAACUUAUUCCACUCCCCAAGGCUUAAAUUGGUAUAAACGAUUAAUUUUCGGUUUGUCGUCAGCAUCUGAAAUGUACCAGUUUGUCAACCAGCAAGUGCUAAUUGGGAUCCCAGGGGUCCGCAACAUAUCCGAUGACAUUAUUGUCUUUUGAACAACCCAGGCUGAACAUGACCGCAGUUUGGACCAGAUCCUGCAAAAUCUCCGCUGCCGGCCUGUCUCCAGAUGACAAGAAAGUAGAGGCCAUCCAAAAUGCCACGGCUCCAAUCAAUGCCAGGGAGGUGCGAAGUUUUCUUGGUUUGGUCAAUUAUUGUACUCCCUUCAUUCCAAACUUGGCCACCGUUUCCGAGCCACUUAGGCAAUUAACUCGAAUGAGGGCCAAAUGGGCUUGGGGAAAACCAAGCAGCUGGUAUUCAACGAGCUAAAAUACAGUUUGACCAGCGACUGCGUAAUGGCUCAUUAUAACCCUGAAGCAGAAUACGAGCUUAGGGUGGAUGCCAGUCCAGUUGGGUUAGGCGCCAUCCUAAUGCAGUCCGAUGGCCACGAGACACGCCCUGUUGCAUAUGCAUCGAGAACUCUCACCGAUGUUGAGAGGCGCUACUCACAGACAGAAAGAGAGGCGCUCGCAGUUGUGUGGGGGUGUGAAAAGUUCCACCUGUAUCUUUAUGGCACUACGUUUAAACUUUUCACUGACCACAAGCCACUCGAGUUUAUCUAUAGCCCGAAGGGAAAACCACCUCCACGUAUAGAGCGGUGGGUCCUUCGUCUUCAGCCAUAUCGUUUUAAAGUGGUCCACAUGCCCGGGAAGACAAACCCUGCAGAUGUGCUGUCCCGAUUGCCAAUUAGUGGCCAGCCCACCCGUGCACGGAAUGUAGCUGAAGAAUACAUCAAUUUUAUUACAGAGAAAGCGGUUCCUAAAGCCAUGACACUGGAACAAAUAUCCAAAGCGACUCAAGAUGAUGUUAUCUUGCAACGGGUUCAGCAAUGUUUAUUGCACAACCAUUGGCCAGACAACCCUGACCUUCAGCGGUUUGCCAAAGUGCGAGAUGAGCUGUCAGCAAGCCAAGGCUUGCUGCUUCGAGGAACUCGUAUUGUCAUGCCUAAAUGCCUGCGCCACCAAACCCUUUCCUUGGCUCACGAAGGCCACCAAGGCAUUGUGCGCACUAAACAACUCCUCCGUCAGAAGGUGUGGUGGCCAGGAAUCGAUGCUGAAGCAGAGACCCUCGUCAAGACAUGCCUACCCUGUCAGUCCACCAUGCCGCCAACUGUACCCGAACCGCUUCGUCCUUCGACCAUGCCUUCCAAACCAUGGCAGUCCAUUCAUAUUGACCUCUGUGGCCCCUUCCCUUCGGGAGAAAGCCUGCUAGUGUGUGUUGAUGCCUGCUCACGGUGGCCAGAAGUGGAGAUUAUUCGAGCCACAUCAUCAGAAGUUAUCAUUCGCCGUCUACAGAAGAUUUUUGCAACACAUGGGCUCCCUGAGCAAGUCAUCUCUGAUAACGGUUCCAAUUUAGUCUCUAGAGAGAUCGAGGACUUCUUCUCUUCCCAUGGUAUAUACCACCGCAAAGUCACCCCAUAUUGGCCCCAGGCUAAUGCCACCGUUGAAAGAUUCAAUCGUACAGUGGAGAAGGCUAUCCGCACCGCACAUGUCGAAGGGAGAGAUUGGAGAAAGGCGUUGGAUACCUUUCUUUUGAACUAUAGAGCUACCCCUCAUGCAAUGACUGGAGUUUCUCCUGCCAAAAUCAUGUUUGGACGCGAGAUUCGGACAAAGGUGCCUGAGAUAAGUAAACCAGAGAAAUCAGAAACCCUGGGUAGUGCCCUUGCUCGUGACAAGAGAAACAAAGAGAAAAUGCAGCAGUACAGUGAUAACAAGAAUCGAUCCACUCCUUCAACGGUCUCAGAAGGGGAUAUGGUGCUACUCAAACAGCCUAAGAGCAAUAAGUUGUCAACAUCCUUUGAUCCCAAUGGUUAUCGCGUGGUUAAACGGCAUGGAAGUAGUGUUCUUCUGCAGCGAGGAAACGAGCCAGCUAUCAUGCGUAAUGUCUCAUUGACUAGGAAAAUUGAAAAUGCCGGUGUCGAACAGUUUACGGAAAGCUCCGACGAAGAGGACGAGAUUGAAGGGCAACCAGUAACAGCCGAGCCUGCAGUCACUGUAAACACACGACCUGCAAGGAUGCGUAGACCUCCAGCUAGAAUGCAGGACUUUAUAACAUAAACAAUUGGACUUCAUAUUAUAUACAAGCGAACUGGGUUUGACAUUAGUUAUGACAUUUAAAAUUGUGUUUUGUUCCUUUAAUUAAUACAAAGGGAGAGAUAUAGUGUCCAGCGGUGGACACGUGACUUUGAGAUGGCGGGAAAAGCUUGCAUAUAGACUUAGUGAAUAUAUUAUAUGCAUGGCAGACUUUGUAGUUACAAGUACACGUUUAGAGAAAUAAAAGAAUAUAAUAAAGUGUCGUCACAAAAACCGGUUUCGAGUAAGCAAGAUCGUUAACAAAAUUUAAUGACUCAAGCAUUGUCGCCUAAGCACUGUUUAUUAAUAUAUAUAUAUAUAUAUAUAUAUAUAUAUAUAUAUAUAUAUAUAUAUAUAUAUAUAUAUAUAUAUAUAUAUAUAUAUAUAUAUACAGGGUGUAUCAAAAAAAACUGAACAGAUUUGAAAUCGCUCUCAAUUUCGCAAAACACCUGUUUGUAUCCCGUUUUUUAUAUAUAUAGCUUCUUUGGGUACUUAUAAUGUAGAAUAAUGAAAAAAAUUUCUUGAACUCAAAUAUUGUGAACCAGGGGGGUGUGUCUUUUCCAACAAAAUAAAAAUGGCUUGCGCACAAAAUUUAAAAGCUGUAAUCAUAUUUUGAGUUAAUAGAUGGAACAUUUGUCGGAUUUUUAAUUACUGUACAAAAUUUCAGACAAUUUGGUUUAGUUUAAGCCGUUUAACUAUUCACGCAAAGUUACAUUUUUCCUAAAAAUCAGCUAUUUGCAUGCUUAAUUAAUGCAUUUGCCUAAUUUGCAUAUGUUAGCAAUAUGCAAAUUAGGUAAAUGCAUUAAUUAAGCAUGCGAAAGGCUGAUUUUUUAGAAUAAAAUGAAUAGUUAAACGGCUUAAACUAAACCAAAUUGUCUGAAAUUUUGUACAGUAAUUAAAAACCAAACAAUGUUUCCAUCUAUUAACUCAAAAUAUGAUUAAGGUGGCUCCCUAGGGUUUUAUUUCCGGGGGUUACUCUUCGUAUAUUUGUAAACUAAAACUUUUGUGACUUCGAACCAGUGCUCUCACUUUUAAGGAAUUAUCCUUAAAAAUAGGAAUUUUGAAGAGUUUUAAGGAUUUUUUUAAGGAAUUUAGGUUUUUGAGGAUUUUUUUAAGGAAUUUCCGAAACAUUUUAUCCUGGACUAAAAACGUUGGACGGAGGAUAACCACGCCACGCAAAUCGGCAAAUGAGAUUUAAACUUGAAAGUAGCAACAUUAUACGCACAUAAUUACAUAUAUUCGUAUGUUCUCUAUGUCAUAAAUGUACAUAUGGCUGUCUUUUCCAGUACCAAAUAACACAAAUCACACUCAUAUAACGUAAUUGUCAUCAUAAUAUAAUAGUAUAUGUUUCUGUACAUGGCUUGGCAUGUAUUUAUAACAAAACUUAAAACAGUGUUUUGAAACCCUAGUUUUUCACAAAAUGUAUUCUCAGAACGCUGCAAAUGCCAUUUCCGGGAUUCAAAUUUUAAAAUUUGUCCGUGCCUUCGGCACGAGCUCCCCCCCCCGGCCAAUGUUUCGUAAAGUGUCCGCCACUGGUCUUUUCAUUGAAAUUCUCAAAAGUUAAAUGUCAGUAUAUGCUGUUUCUUCUGAAAUCUACAGAUUUUUUAAGCUCUUCAUGCAGCAACAAUCAAAAAUACAUCAUGUUGAAUGUUUUCUUUAUGGCAUUACGCUAACAAUCAAAUGUUUUCAAUUUUUAGUGCUUAGAAACAAGGUUACAAAACUGAAAAACAGAAAAAAGGAGGAAAAAAACACUUUUUGCAACUGUGUUAUCAGGCCUUCUGGUAAUUUUACCAAUUUAAGGAAUUUUAAGGAAAUCUGAGGAAUUUUCGAGCUUUUUCUAAGGAAUUCGAAAAUUUGAUUGUGAGAGCACCAGUGCUCUCACUUUUAAGGAAUUAUCCUUAAAAAUAGGAAUUUUGAAGAGUUUUAAGGAUUUUUUUAAGGAAUUUACGUUUUCGAGGAUUUUUUUAAGGAAUUUUCGAAAUAUUUUAUCCUGGACUAAAAACGUUGGGCGGAGGAUAACCACGCCGCGCAAAUGAGAUUUAAACUUGAGAGUAGCAACAUUAUACGCACAUAAUUACAUAUAUUCGCAUGUUCUCUAUGUCAUUAUUGUAUAUAUGGCUGUCUUUUCCAGUGGCGGCACUUGGAGGGGGCUAGGGGGGGGGGGGUGCUGAGCCCCCCCCCCCAAUAAUUUUGAAAGACUGCAAAAAUCUUGUACCAAAUAACACAAAUCACACUCAUAUAACGUAAUUGUCAUCAUAAUAUAAUAGUAUAUGUUUCUGUACAUGGCUUGGCAUGUGAUUUAUAACAAAACGCACCAUUAAAACAGUGUUUUGAAACCCUAGUUUUUUACAAACUGUGUUCUCAGAACGCUGCAAAUGCCAUUUCCGGGAUUCAAAUUUUAAAAUUUUCCGUGCCUUCGGCACGAUCCCCACUGGUGUUUUCAUUAAAAUUCUCAAAAGUUAAAUGUCAGUAUAUGCUGUUUCUUCUGAAAUCUACAGAUUUUUUAGCCCUUCAUGCAGCACGGAUCAAAAAUACAUCAUUUUGAAUGUUUUCUUUAUGGCAUUAUGCCGAACAAGUGCAUAAGCAUUAGUGCUUAGAAACAAGGUUAUAAAAACUGAAAAACAGAAGAAAGGCGGAAAAAAAACACUUUUUGCAACUGUGUGAUCAGGCCUUGUGGUAAUUUUACCAACUUAAGGAAUUUUAAGGAAAUAUGAGGAAUUUUCGAGCUUUUUCUAAGGAAUUCGAAAAUUUGAUUGUGAGAGCACCAGUGCUCUCACUUUUAAGGAAUUAUCCUUAAAAAUAGGAAUUUUGAAGAGUUUUAAGGAUUUUUUUAAGGAAUUUAGGUUUUUGAGGAUUUUUUUAAGGAAUUUCCAAAACAUUUUAUCCUGGACUAAAAACGUUUUGACGGAGAAUAACCACGCCACGCAAAUGAGAUUUAAACUUGAAAGUAGCAACAUUAUAUGCACAUAAUUACAUAUAUUUGUAUGUUCUCUAUGUUGUAAAUGUACAUAGCCAUGUCUUUCCAUUAAAAUUCUCAAAAGUUAAAUGUCAGUGUAUGCUGUUUCUUCUGAAAUCUACAGAUUUUCUAAGUUCUCAGGGCCCUAGCGACCGGAGGGGGAGGGAGGGUGCAACACCCCUAAUAUUGCUCAUGAACAAUUUCAGGUAGAUAUCCUGUAGAUUUUCAGGUAAAUUCAGGUAAUUCUCAGGGCAUAAAAAAGUGAACUCUCUAAUCUGAAUUGGAGUUAACAAUCAAACAAACUAAAAACUUUGAGACGUGUUGUGGCAGGGAGACAAUUGCGAAAUACCCUUUCCAAAUUUCAAAAAUUUUCUCAAUUUCCCAUUAUGAACUGAAAGUAGCAAUACUUAUCAUCAUUGUUAUAGGCAAUACUAAAAUAUUGGGUAGGAAAGACUCUAAAAAUGCCAUUUCCGACGGUCUAGAGACUUCAAAUUUUCAAAAAAUACGGUUUUAAAGAACGUUCAGUUAAAAAAAUUCAGGUAAAUCAGGUGAAAAAACCACUUUUUGCAACUCUGUGAUCAGGCCUUGUAGUAAUUUUACCAAUUUAAGGAAUUUUAAGGAAAUCUGAGGAAUUUUCGAGCUUUUUCUAAGGAAUUCGAAAAUUUGAUUGUGAGAGCACUGGCCCACUGUUUGUUUAUGAAAAGCGAAACGCGAUAAUUUCCGACGAUCUACGAAUAGAACUCUUUCUCAGCUGCGUCCUCGCCCGCAGACGCAAAGCGGACGCAUGGCGCCCGCACAGUGGACGCACCCGCAAGCGCCCGCAGACGCACAGUGGACGCACGGCGCCCGCAGGACGGACGCACCCGCGGGCGCCCAUGGACGCACAGUGGACGCAAGAUACCGGUUUUUGAUAAGUUAUUUCUUGGCAGUACUGUAAUACCUUCUGCGUCUGCCUUCUUUACAUCUUUUAGACACAAAAACGAAAGUUUGACUUCUACUUCCUCUGGAUUUGACUUAGAGUGGGGAUCAAAAUACAGCACAUAAACGACUUCUUUCUCAGUUACUGAGUUGUCUGUACUACCGUCUGUUAAGACACUAUAAAAUUUUGCUUUUGUCAAAUCUUCAUUCAGCUGAUGAGCAAUAAAUUGGGCAUUCACAUCAAUAAAUUCACCACAUUGUUUUCGGUUAUUGUAAACAUCACCUAAGUCAACACCAUGACGUUUCUCCAGUGUAAUUAAAUCUUCAAAGACGGUAAAUGGCAACUCGUUUUUGGCAACAAAAUACGCGAUGUCAAACUUCUUAAUUGUUUGCUCUAGCUGGGUUUCAUUUAACUUUGAGAAACCAUCUUCUAGAGUGCGUUGACUGGGAUGAGGCCUAAGCGGAUUUUCCAUAUUGCUAGACAAUUCACCUUUGGAUGUUAAAUUCUUAAUAUAGAGAUCGUAUGCAUGCCGAUGACACUUUGUUGCAGCGUGAUCUUGUGCGUUAGAUAAACGAAGGUUACAUGACCCUUGUAUCCACGCAUUAGAAAAAUCUCGAUUGUGCUUUAUUCUUUCUUCAAACGUUGUGCACACCAUGCAUUUCAUCAAUUUGACUUGGCCGUGCCCAUUUUCUUCAUGAUUUAGCCACACAAAAGCGUUGGAUGGUGCCAAAUCUUCGCUAAUCCACUUUUUUAAUGUGCUUGAUUUUAACGUUCUGUCAGUUUUUUUUCGCUGUGAAAGAUUAGCUAAAUCUGAACUUCUUUCACUAGUAGUUGCUGCAGAUGCUUCACUAGUUGUUGCUGCAGAUGUUUCACUAGUUAUUGGUGUGGAUGUUCCCCUGGAAUUACCUUCACUAUCAUUACUUUUGUUGGAAAAAAAGUCCGUUAUUUUCUUCGACAUUUUAAUUUUUUCGCGGUUCAACAAAAAAUUCCCGCCAAAAUCGCGAAUGACGUUUCCACUUGGAAAACAGUUUGAUCAUCAUUCAUCACCAGGAUUUUUUCAUAGUGGAAACACUGCACAAACAUGGCGUCGCGUUUAAAGCAUCGUGCAUUUUCAAUAAACGGGAUAAUUUUAAACUUUAUAGCACAAAUAAUAGAGAAUUUGUCGACAGCAAGAUUUUUUAUUUUAUUUUCGAUAUUUGGGUUGAAUAUAAAGAAUUUGUUGACAGGAAGGUUAUAGUUUAAACACUGAAAUGAGCGCCGGACAAAGUGACAGACACAAUCAAAUUUGUGCCUGUCAAAACACUACAAAUCGCGUAUUUGUGCCGGUCAAUGACCGUGACCGGACGCUUAUUUCCAGGCUUGAUUACCAUAGAUAUAGGAGACUCCUAUAUCUACUGUAUGGGCAUUACCCCCUGGACGUCCGCCAUUUUGAAUAUUUUCAGGGGGCUGAAUGCCUCUCAAAAUGCGCACUGGCUAGGCCCAUGGCGUCAGCAUUUUGACGACGAAUUACGGUUAAGCCAAAAUCAUAGGAAAAACCAAGAAGUAGGGCUUCUGUAUUAUGUCACGCCACUACGCACGUAGAACACAUUUUCUGUCUUUAUUACAGUUGUU